CUCAUGGAGUGAUCGAAUGGCUGCCGGCUCCACUCAUUCUCAUCUGAAACCGCGUGCUGUCUCUGUAUUUUGCAUACGUGGCAUGCUUCUAAUGGCUGAGUGGCCUUGCUGUUUGCUGUUUAAUGUGAAACAGCUGACCCAAAGUCUUACACAACUGCCGCCGAAGCGUUCCCUCCUUUCCUCCUCCGUCCCAAUUUGGAAACCCUAUACCUGGAUUUCGCCCGUAUCCUCUAGGAGACCAGGUCCCCUCUUGAAGAUUUCAAGUCGAUUUCGAUUUGAAAUCUCGGGUCUUGAGACCGGUUAUAGCUCUAUAUUUGUAGAUUUCCUACGGGAAUUUUGGUAUCUCCGGGCGAUCUCCUUUCCUCCAAGAUGAACAAUCUUCUGACGGACUCAUUUGAGCUCUCUCGAGGUGAAGCUUCUAGAGAUGGAGAUAUUGAAUUAGGAACGCAGGUUCCAAUGAAUUCUGGAGAACUGGGGUUGGAAGGCUUCUUCAAACAGGUUCAAGAUAUUGACAAGCAAAUUGAGAAGCUCUCAAAACUAUUGAAGAAGCUUCAGGAUACUAAUGAGGAGUCAAAAACUGUUACCAAGGCACCUGCCAUGAAAGCCAUCAAGCAGCGCAUGGAGAAAGAUAUUGAUGAAGUUGGGAAAAUUGCACGCCUAGCAAAAUCGAAGGUUGAAGAAUUAGACAAAGAGAAUCAAGCCAACAGGCAGAAGCCUGGAUGUGGAAAGGGAUCAGGCAUAGAUCGAUCUAGGACUGCAACUACCAUUGCAUUGAAAAAGAAGUUGAAAGAAAGGAUGUCUGACUUCCAGGCUCUGAGAGAAAAAAUCCAGCAAGAAUACCGGGAGGUUGUUGAGAGAAGGGUUUUUACAGUAACAGGCAAUCAUGCUGAUGAUGAGACAAUUAACCAAUUGAUAGAAUCUGGAAACAGUGAGCAAAUUUUUCAGAGAGCAAUUCAGGAGCAAGGACGUGGCCAGGUACUGGACACCCUUGCAGAAAUCCAGGAGCGUCAUGACACUGUUAAAGAAAUAGAGAGGAAACUUCUUGAUUUACAGCAGAUUUUCCUUGACAUGGCAGUGUUGGUUGAGGCACAAGGUGACAUGCUGGAUAACAUCGAAUCCCAGGUUGUAAAUGCUGAAGGCUAUGUUCAUUCAGGAGUAAAUGCUCUGCAAAAGGCACGGAGGCUACAGAAGAACUCCCGAAAAUCUUCCUUGCAUGCUGGCAUAUCAUAUGGUUGAUGGAAGCAGAUGAUUUAACCAGGGUGAUGAAUUUAGUCAUCGAAGUAAACUGAUACCUUCGUCUGUGGAAACAUAUGCCAAAAGUUCUACCGGGAGCCAGCCACCAUGUUUUCACGUACAUGAAGGGAACUACAUCACACAUUAAAGACAUUAUCAAUAGGGACUAAAAAUUAUUGUCUGGUCAAUGGAGGGACCAGCUAUCAAUAUACUGUUAUUUAUACAGGUCGGACACUUGCUAUAUGUAAAUAGGAUUCAGGAUGACUAACUGUUGCCUACAUUUGUUAGAUGUUCAACUGUCUCAUGUGAUUUCAUGUGAAAUUGAGUCAGAUAUGAAAGGAUAGAAAGAGAUCAAAACAAAUAUAUACAUAUAAAAUAGAUAGAUAUUUCUUUUUUUAAAAAAAAUUCCUCUAAAGCAAGGGAAGCCUAAUCUCCUUUGCAAAGCAUUGUUUCUAUGGACCAAUCCAUGAGCUACUGAUAUUUGCUUAAUUCUGAACUUUAUAAUGAGCCAUCAUGUUGC